CACAUGACUAUUCCCGGAAACCCUUGUCCGGCUUCAUUGUCCGCCAUAUGGGCGGACUCGGUCCACCACGCCAGAAUUCAGACGUGUUAUUUAACAAAACGAAGACCGUCCCCGUCUUCUUGCUUGCUUCCCAGAACCGUCCGAGACCCUUUAAAACGGAGUUCCCUUUGCCCAUUCAACCCCAACGGGACCUCACCAAAAGAGAAAGAACAAAACCUCCCCAGUCGGCGGAAAUCGGAGGCGAUGUCAUUGAUCGAACAAGAAAAACCACUGUCGCCGACUUCGAUGGAGCAAAAUACCAGUAUCCGGCGAGUAUGGGCGGAGAAUCUGGAGGCAGAGUUUGAUCUCAUCCGCGAGUGCGCAGAACGGUUCCCCAUCGCCGCCAUGGACACGGAGUUUCCCGGCGUCGUGCAUCGUUCUCGUUGCCAUCACCACCUCCUCACCCCAUCCGACCGCUACGCCUUACUCAAGGCCAACGUCGACUCGCUUCACCUCAUCCAGGUCGGCCUCGCUCUCUCUGACGCCGAAGGAAACCUCCCGAAUCUCGGUAUUGAGGGCGCUCGCUUUAUCUGGGAGUUCAAUUUCCGCGAUUUCGACAUCUUCCGCGACGACUACGCGAUCGAAUCCAUCGAAUUGCUUCGGGACAACGGGAUCGAUUUCGAGAAGAACAGGACAAAGGGCAUCGACUCACGCCACUUCGCUGAACUGCUCAUGUCGUCGGGAUUGCUCUGCAACGAUUCCAUCGUCAGUUGGGUGACAUUUCACAGCGUGUAUGAUUUUGGGUAUCUGAUCAAAAUGCUAACUAAUCGCAAGUUGCCGAGAACCAUGGAAGAAUUUCUGGGUCUGGUCCGUAUGUUCUUUGGAGAUAAGGUGUUCGACGUAAAGCAUAUGAUAAGAUACUGCGAUGGGUUAUAUGGUGGCCUUGAUAGAGUGGCGAAAACCCUUAGAGUAGAUCGUGCGGUUGGAAGAUGCCAUCAGGCGGGAUCAGAUAGUCUGCUGACUCUCCACACAUUCCUCAAGUUGAGAAAAGACUUGUUUGUGAAGAAUAGAGCAGAUAAGUACGCAGGAGUUCUCCAUGGCUUGGAACUCCUGUAAGUAAUGUUUAGGUUUUUUAGGCGAAAUUGCUUGUUUUGAUGUCCAAUUGUAUCAUUCAAGUUAAUCUAUUUAUUCAUCUUCAUAAAUGGUAAAUUUUUACGGUUUGAAAAUUUGAAAGCAAAACAUAUUGAGUUUCAAGAAGUGAAGAACAAACUUAAGAGCAUGACAGAAAUUUAACGGGAAAUUUACAUACUUGGCACACAAUUCUACAUGUCUCGCAUAUUUACAUGUCUCACAUCCGCACUUUCAUAUUUACAUCUAUAUAACACUUUGG